GAACUCUUGAUGUGGACCCUGUUGCUCCCCGUCUAUAAUUCAUUCAUCUUCAAUGGAAGCGGCUCGCCGUUAAAUUUCGAGGAUACUACGGAACGAUCUGACCUCCGAUCAGGCUACGAAUAGCAAUCCGCCGUAAUGGAAAGAGAGGGAAAACCCCUCAGCUGACUCGAAAAUGGCGAGAUCUGGCCAUCACUUAUCAGGAACAGUAACUAACCUAGCAGGACCUAUGGAGGCCACAAUUACGAGGAAGCGUACAGUCUGGAGUCCAAAAAUAGUGGAUUACCCCCCUCUAUACCAGGGCGUUUUCGUUCUUAGAUGUGAAGAGGGUGGUCUGUGCACCCGGAAUCUGAUUCCUGGUAAAGCUGCUUUGAAAGGGAGGUACAAUGGGUACAUAGUGUAUGUUCGGGAUGCAGAUGAAAUAAUCAUCGAGUACAGACCAUGGGAUGCUUUCCGUUCCCCCCUGGCAGCUGCAAUUGCGGACAAUAAACCUGAUGAUAUUUUUAUCAGGCCUGGUUGUAGAGUCCUCUAUCUCGGAGAUGGCAAAGGAGCUUUGGCAACUGUUUCUCAUAUAUCUGAUAUUGUUGGAACAAGCGGAGCGGUGUAUGAAGUCGAAUCCGGUCCGAAAAAUGUUGUGGAGAUGGUGAACAUGGCGGCGAGGAGGGCGAAUGUUACUCCUAUCCUUGAAGAUGCAAGGGAUCCUGAGAAAUACCGAACCGCCAUUGACGAAAAGGUGGAUGUCGUGUAUUGUGACAUUGCUGAGGAUGACCAGGUUACCAUUCUAUUAGAGAAUGUCAAGUUCUACUUGAAAGACGGAGGAAAUUUUUUGUUGAAGUAUGAGGCCAACAGCUCAUGGGAGGACCGAGGUGCAGAAUUAUAUUCCGUGUUGAAAAAUGAAAGGCUCUACGCCACAGAGGAUGUUUGUCUUGAUCCUUAUUUCCUAAACACUGGGCUUCUUUUUGGAGUGUAUACGGUUGCCUCUUCAAUUGAAUCGCUCAGAUAUGGACUGCCCUGAUUUUAUCGCUGGACUAUGUAGCACGAAAACUCUCGGGAAAGACAUAUGAAUUAACUGCAAGUACCUCAUCAUCCCGUCAGGAAGUGUUACUCUACAUGUAGCAGAUUUGCACCUCAGCUCUUCGUGUCUAUGUCUUCCCGUAGAGCUGGCAUGUCUUAUGUUCUCACUACCCAUACCAAUCCUAUUUGCCAUUGAGGGCGUUUUUGUAUAUUUUGUAAUGUGGUGUUUCCGUUGUAAAGAUUUCAGAUUUAUAGUGGACUGCUACUGUAUUUUUUUUAAAUGUACUACGUAUAUGUCAUGAGAAUCUAAAUCUCGUAUCAUGUCCAUCAUUCAGAAUUUCAGAGCAUUAAAUGUGGGAUUUGACAAUUCACUUCUUGCAUUGGUUAUUACAAAAGAAACACU